AUGAGUUAACUAACCAAUGAUGUAGUAUUUAACAAUAAUUGUAUGAAUCCCUUGAUUUCUGUAGGAAAUUCAGCUAUUGCUUCAAGUUAAACAGCCAUAUAUAAGAUCUAAUUUGUUGGAAAUGAUAGUUCUGUAAAAGUGCUUAAUCUUGAAAUUUAAGUCAGAUGUCCAACAUUCUCGAGGCCUAUUUGGAGUGAUGUAGAGUUAAACUAUACUAUAGGAUAGCCUGAACUAUCAACAGCUUUACCUUACUUAGAAAUGAUAUCCUCUUGUUUUGAGUAUAAGAUUCUCCCUAAAAUAGGAGAGUCCAGUGUAAGUUUCAUAAAUUUCUAAAGUAAUUAAACUGGAGGUUACACAAUCAAAAUUCUUACUACUGACAACAACAAUAGAGGAGCUUUUUCAUAUGUAGCUACUUACACUUAUUAAGAUCCUACCUACCCAGAUCAAUGGUCCUAUAGUAUAGUGAUUAAUAUUUUGGAGUCCCCAAUAGUGCCUUCAUAAGAUUUAAAUAAAAAUUAAUCAAAUCAUAGUGAUUAAAACGCUAAUGGAACGUAAAGUUAAAAUAACGAAGCAAUCUAGGAUAAAGGAUCUUCUGGUAAUAAUUUACCUCCACCUACUCCUAACUAGGAAGAAGAUAAAGUUCAAUAUUUAGUAAAUUCUUGCGCACCAUUAUUACUAACUGAAAUUCACAAUUUUUAGCUUUAUCACGAUGAAGAAAUUACUUUCAUUAUUCCUGAGGCUGAAGAUUGCGAUAAUGAUAUUAUAAAUUACUUAUUCGAUUUCACUUCUGCCAAAUCUUUUUCAAUGGUUUUUCAAGGUUAAAUCAGAAUCAUUCCUAAUUUUAAUGCAAUAGGAAUACAUGAUAUUUCAUUGACUCUUUAAGACUAGGUAAAAGUGGUAUAAAAAGGGAACAAUCAUAGCAUCAACUCUUAAAUUGGUAUAAUUAAGAGAAUAUUGCCAUUAAGAUACAAAGUAUCACCCUCUCAGGAAUAAUGA